AUGCUUACCUCAACCCUCAUCUUCUCCCUGCUCGGGCUUACGCUCGCAACCCCAACCCUCCACCCUCUCCCGCUACACCGACGCCAAGACGCCAACCUCCAACCCUUCACCGGCGCCAUCGGCGGCGAGGCCGCGACUCCCGUCGUCAACAGCGGCAACGCCGACCGCCCAUUUCAGGUCGGGCAGGACACGUUCGUAAACAUUGCGGCCGCGCUACAGCGGAGCUGCGAUCAGCAGUUCAAUCGGUGUGCGAACGCGGCGAACGGAGGUGGUGGGGGGAGUGUCGCAGCUUGUCAGACGCAGAAAGGUAUGUCUUUCGUCGGAAAGAGCCUGUGA